GAAAAACCCUAAAAUAACCUCAAUUUUGAUGAGGUGGCAAAAUAAUAAGUUAGGGUGCUAACAGAUUAGAACAUAUCUCAUCUUCCCUCUCGCCACACGCCGCCGUUUGCAGGCUGUUCGGAUUGCACUCUCUCUCGCCACACGCCGUCGUCGUCGCCGUCGCUACUACAGCUGCUGAACUCAACUCUGCAAGUGGAAUCCCAAAUCAGGUUCCGACGCGGCAUGACAGAGAAUGACGGCACAUCCGCCAAUGGCGAAAAAGCUCUCAAGGAAUGUGAACGCAUGAUUCAGAAGAGCCUCAAGUCUCCAAUGGUGAAGUUCUUGAGGGAACAGUUGAAGAAAGCUGGGUGUCCUGUUGAAGACAAUUUCAUCAAAGCUGUUAAUUGUAAUCAGUUACAUGCUGGCGGUUACGUUCCCGGUCAAGGGAUAGUUGUGUGUGGAAAUCGGACAGAAAUUCAAGAUGAGGUUAACCAGGCGAUAAUUCACGAACUAAUUCAUGCAUUUGAUGACUGUCGGGCUGCAAACUUGGAUUGGACUAAUUGUGCUCACCAUGCUUGUAGCGAGAUACGAGCUGGUCAUUUAAGUGGUGAUUGUCAUUACAAACGGGAACUUCUACGAGGAUUUCUGAAAAUACGAGGGCACGAACAAGAAGUAUCUGGUUACUUGGAAGAGCAAAAAACAUAAAAUGGUGGCAAGGCCUUCUGCAGACUCAGAAUUCAGAUCCACUGCUCGAAAGGCAUAUGUGAGUUAUGGCUAAAAAUCAUUUUAGAUGAUUGGAAAGUCAAAAUUAGAUCUUUUAUAAAUGAUUCUCAUUGCGUUGCGGUGUCCUAUAUUUUAGACAUCACUCAUGUUCGUGUUGUAUAUAGUGUCUGCACUUUAUAACUUUAGACUACUUUAAUCAUGUUCCGUCUAGAUUACUUUAGGAUACUUCAGACCAAUUUAGUUGGGGAUAAUGAUCAAUAUCUAGACAGGGAUAAUGAUUUUGUGUCCCCUUUUGGCCUUGUGUAAUGGUUAUAUAUUGCUGUACUCUAUCAUUCUCAAUGAAUUAGAUUUCCCAAAAAUUAUUUCCAGAUUUCUUUGUUUCACAUUGAAUAUUUUUUUUUU